AUGGUCGCCAUCGCCUCUCUUUCCGCGGGAACCCUGAAAUUCCGUAAGUUCCCCCCGUCCGUGGAGUUGAAAAACCCAAACCCGUCCGAAUUUAACCCGCACAUCGCCGUCGCGUUAGGGACGAGCGAAGGCCAUCUCGUUCCAAUCAUGCGAGUCGAAUUACCGGACGGAAAAAUUCUCGAACCAGAUGCCUAUCGCAACUUGCACAUGCUCGAAGAGUUUGAAAUUCGAAACCCGAGCGAGUAUUUACACUUUGAAGUUUUAGACGUGGAGCGAACGAAAGAAGAGAAGGAGAACCUCGUCGUCGUCGCCGCGGUUGAUGGUGAUAACAACAGCGGUGGAAAACGACACGAAAAAGGAACCACAAAAAAAACGCCUUCGACGAGAAAAGGACACGAGGAAAAUCCAAAAUACGUCGUGAUCGCGAGCACGUCGAUUGCGGUUUCGCACAUGUUGGAAGAUAACUGGUCGCAUAAAUUAUACGGACACUGUUAUAAAUACGUAGAACUGGACUCUCCGGACGGUAAGGAGAAAAAUGUGUGCACGAUGAAGCUGCAGAUGGAUUACAAAGUCGUUCCGGAAGAAUAA